AUGCUUUCGAAUUCGCGGCGAAGGGCUCCAGCACCCCCUCCAAUACAUAUUCCCGAAGUCAGGCACAGUCGGGAUGGUGGAGAGAAGCUUCAGAUUGUCACCCCAGCGAUAACGCCAGCACCGCCUACGUCUCCUCUCUCGAAGGCAAUUCCAGCUGUUGGGCCAUUUCCUCAAUCGACGACCACUUUGCCCACAAAACAAUCCACGUCCCUCAGACCAUCGUCUCCUACCUCACAAACAGCGAUAGUAGCUAGUACUACGAGGCGAUUGUCUACGUUCACAACAACUUCGAACCCACGAUCCCCUACCAGAACAUCUUUCGUAACCAUAACCCAAACCCAAACCCAAAGUCUUUUCUCCCCUAAAGAUGAAGGCGAAAAGUCUCCAAAGGACACAAGCACAAUCUUGGUAUCUGUAUCUGGGGCCCUACAAUUCGUCACGGUUACCGCUAGACCUACUGGAUCAACAGGAACGACAUUGCCAUUAACAGGCACGACACAGAACGUCACAGGUGGUGCGAAUCUGCUUCCACCAGGUGCUAUCGCUCCGCUGGUCGGCUUAAGCGUUAUUGCUGGUGUUUCCACGAUUUUCACGAUAAUUGUCGUUCUUUGGAGACGCAGGAAGAAGAAAUUAGAGAAGAAAGCGGGGGACCUAAAGCAUGCCAAAUUGGAGGGAAUCGAUGACGGGUUCAGAGCAAUACACGAAACACCGCCCAUCCUUUCAAGAAGAAAAAUAUAG